AUGUCUCACGUAGACAGCCCAAACAGCUUCCUCGGCCCAUUCCCCGCCCCCGUCUGUGCCCCCGAAUUCCCACCCCCCCUCUUCCGCCAGCCGCCCACCCCCAACACCAUCCGUACCGCCUUCUCCAGCCCCCCUUUCAACUGGAACGGCAUACCACUGCGGAUCUUCCGCUCUCCCACCAGCCUCUCCGAGUUUGCCAAGUUCGAAGAGCAGGGCGAGUUCCUGGGCCGGGAGCACAAGUACUGGUACAAGAUCCUCAAGUCAGCUCUGGAGAGUGACCUGCAAGAUCUUAAGAGACGCCAUGACAUUGAGACGAAGCUGCAGCCGUCUCUAAGGGCCAUGUUUGAGCGGAAGGAGACGGCGCGGUUCCACGCAGAGUUCAUGGAGAAGCUGCAGUGGGGGCAGGAGAGUAGUCCGUUGCUGCUGAGGCCGGCGGAGUUUCUGGAUAAUGAGUACGGGCAGCAGAGGGAGGAUGAGGUGGCGGAAGGGCCACAGGCCCUACAGAACGAGGAGUUUCAUACGAUCAUUAUGGACUUUAAGAAGCAGGGGCUGGAUACGGAGUUCCCUAGUAUUAGGACGUUCUUUGGUGGGUAUCCGGGACCGAGUGUAGCGUGGGCGGUGCAGGACUUCUAUAGAAGGCAAGAGACGGCGAGGGAGUCGGCAAAGAUUGGGUUAGAGUUCCAGCAGAUGUGGGAAUGGAGUGAGAGGCACUGGAACUUCUUCGAAGCUUCCAGUAAGCUACGCCAGUGGGUGCAGAAGUUAAUCAACAAACAGAACCGCCGGCCCACAAGGCUUGUUCAAGAGUACAGCAUGAAGACUCUGAACUGGAGCCCCGCCAUUGAGUCCCACAAACGGCGACACCAAUGGGCGGUGCUGAAGCGGAUCAUGAACGUGUACGAGUGCCGGGACGAAAUCUUCCCUGAAGUGAGCGCACCUGCCGGACGAACCUUUGACCGGUACUUUGGCAGUCUCAUCCUGCAGCAGAUAGAUGGCGCGGAGAGUGUACUGGAAGCUGGGGGGUCACUGGCUGAAGCGUGUGCCGGUGUCGUGGAUGGAUGCAUGGAAAGCACUUCACGGCGAAGAAGGACCAGAACACCGGCUUCUGCCCCUCCGAGAUUGCCGGGCCCUCCAAGAACGCUUGAAGAGGCGGAGGAGACACUUGUCCGGCUGAGGGCGAGCGCAGACCUGCUUUUCAGAAAUUUGGUGUCGAAAGUAAGGAACGUUGAGGCAUCUAGUGUUGGAGAGUCCUCUCGUGGGGCCGUAAUGUCCUCUUGCGGGGCUCAUGUAGAGUCUGCGACGGUCGACACUGUAACUGUAGACUCUGUAACCAUCUACUCUACAGCUGUGGGCUCUAGAACAGCGGAGUACGAAACAACCGAGGAGCUUCCUGAUCCUACGGACGAAACAAAUGGGGAUGCAAAAGUAAACACAGUAGGCUUCCUGGCAGCCUUGAGACAUAAGUUGAUUGGGCCCCCCACUGGGAACCCGGAGAGUGAGCCUCCCGUGGAGGAGUGGCUCACAAGCUGGAGGAACCCUAGGGCUCAAUGGCCCAGUGGAUUGAUGAAGGCUUGA